CCCCGACCGAGGGGGCGCUCUGUCCUUCCCCUGGAACGCAUCGGCAGUACGUCACGACGCCACUGUUGCUGAGGUGACGGCGCGGUGUUGGGAGGGGUUGCGAUGGCGGGCCUCAGUAAGGAGGAGUAUCUGAAGCGGUACCUGAGCGGCUCGGACUCCGGGAAGGGGCGGGACCGGGACCUUCCAGCCGGGCGGAGAAAGAGAAAAGUCAAGAUCAAAGGCGGGGGAAUGCGGAUUGUGGACGAUGAUGUAACUUGGAAAAGCCUUGCGAAGAAGGAGAAGGCAUUGGAGGUGGAGUCUGGUGAGGAUGAUGAAGCUCCUGUGGUUGCAGAAUUCAUCGACGAGAGACCUGUAGUUAUUCAACAAAUGGAAGAAUUCCGAUUGAGCAAUAAGUGGAAAAUUUUAGGAGAUGAAAAUACAGACUCCCAGGGCUCAGACCAAUUUUUACAAGCACAGACUGGCAGUUCAUUAUCAAGUUUUGAUUCUGUACCAGGUAAAGGGAUGGAUUAUGGUUCUCAACUUACUAAGAAAAAUGUGGGGACAGUUUCACCUGACCGUUCAGCUAUCAGAAGGCAACGCCAUGAUUCUCCAGAUGAUUCACCUGUUCGGGACAGGCGCCGUGAUUCCCCCGACCUUUCACCGCCUCGGAGAGGACGCCACGAUUCUCCCAACCUUUCACCUCCAAGGAGGACACGCCAUGAUUCUCCCGACCUUUCACCUCCUAGGAGGGCACGCCAUGAUUCUCCCGACCUUUCACCUCCUAGGAGGGCACGCCAUGAUUCUCCCGACCUUUCACCUCCUAGGAGGGCACGCCAUGAUUCUCCCGACCUUUCACUGCCUCGGAGGGCACGUCACGAUUCUCCCGACCUUUCACCUCUUAGGAGGGCACGCCAUGAUUCUCCCGACCUUUCACCUCCUAGGAGGGCACGCCAUGAUUCUCCCGACCUUUCACUGCCUCGGAGGGCACGUCACGAUUCUCCUGACCUUUCACCUCCUAGGAAGGGACGUCACGAUUCUCCUGACCUUCCACUGCCUCGAAAGAAGAAAAUGGAAGGCUCAGAAAAAUCAGUCAGAUCUACAGCCUUGUCACAUGGAAAGACCUUGUCCCCAGUGAGACACAAGGACAGAAGAGCGAGAGGAUCUCCACGGAGGCGACAUGAUUCUGAUUCGGACCUUUCACCCCCUCGAAAGGGAGGUCAGCGUUCUUCUGACUCAGACCUGUCGCCACCACGGAGGAAGAAGCUGGGGAUUCGAACCUCAGACAACAGGCCCGACUCAGGAAACUCGGAUCUGUCACCCACUCAGCAGAGACAACCUACCCAUAAGCAAGCUUCCUCGAGGGGACAAGUUGUCAGUCGAGACUCAAGUCCCAGCAGAAAGUCACGAGGGAAUGAGAUGCUAUCUGGGGGUCAGGCUGGUCUGGUAUCGACAGAUACAUUAAGGAAAGAGAAAGAGGACCGGAGGAAAAGGGAGCGAGCAGCCGAGCACCUAGCAGAUGACUCUAGAAAUGCCAUCACUGUGUUCCGAGAUAAAUUAGGGAAAAAGAGGGACUUGGAUCAGGAACGGCUUGAACAGAAGAAGAAGGAAGAGGAGAAAGCAGCAAAACUUGAAAAAUAUGCCCAGUGGGGCAAAGGGGUGGCUCAGAAAGAGCAGCAGAGACAGAACAUAGAGGAUGCUCUUCACGAGAUGCAAAAACCACUUGCCCGACAUAUUGAUGAUGAAGACCUGGACCGCCUCCUACGUGAAAGAGAACGGGAUGGUGACCCAAUGGCUGGGCUAAUCAGGAAGAGAAAGGAAAAGGAGGCCAAGAAUAAAAAUGAGAAGCCACGGUAUAAUGGCCCCGCACCACCUCCCAACAGGUUUAACCUGUACCCUGGGUAUCGCUGGGAUGGAGUGGACAGGUCAAAUGGGUUUGAAAAGAAGCGGUAUGCCAGACUGGCAGACAAGAAAGCAGUGCAAGAGAUAGCAUACAAAUGGAGUGUGGAGGAUAUGUAAACCACUAGACACAAUAGCUCUCUACACACGGAGACUGUUACACUGGCACCAUAGUACUCCGUGAGAAAAGACUUCACUGAAAGACGUUUCCUCAUGUAUGCUCUGCAUAAGGUGGUUUGGGUUUCAGGGAACUCGAGAAAUGAGUUUUUUUUAAUUCUGUUAAUAUUUUGUCCUUUUGAAUACAAAGUUUAUACUAUGUAAUUAUAGAUCGGUUUAAUAUACAGGCUGUUUUUCUUGUGAAUUUUCAUUUUAUUGACUUCUUGACAGCCUGAUCUGCGAAUCCAACAGGUAAAUUUCCUUGUUAUUCCCUUCAGUUCUCAAGUGGCAUUAGUGCCAAAUUUGGAUAUGUAUUUGAAUUUAUCUAAAUUCAUAAUUUUGAACAAUGCUUAGCCAAAAAUUCUGGACAUGGGGCAAACUCUUUCACCUAUUUUCUUCCCUAUUCAGGGAACUUGCAACUUCAAGUUAAAGACAUCAGGACACCUAUCAUAACCCAGCUUUAAAUAAGCAACUUGCAUUUUGAUCAUAUCAUUGAUGUGAUCUGCUUAAAGAAAAUGUUUCUCAUAAAAAUAACACAGGCUAUCUAAAAUGCCAUCUAGCAAGAGAAUACUGACCUAUACGAUGCUAAGGGUUAAUUAAAUAUUAGCAACAUUGCUGUUUUUAAUUCUGUAAUCAUUGCAGCAAGUUCAGGUCAGUAAUGAUACACUUCUUAUAACUGGUGUUCAAUUGUUGAGUCAUUUUCAGGUUCAGUGGUUUGAUAUAUUAAAAGAGCAACAUUUUUUAUUUUUUUG